UCUCGGUUCUCUUCAUCCCAAUGGUUCUUUCCAAUGUGGGGCCAUAAACCCCUACAACGCACUAAAAAACCCAGUGCUUCUUUCGCUUUACAAGGGAUAGGAACUUUGUAUAGACGCGGGACGAAAGCCAUGAAUGAUCUUGUUGUCGGCCAUGUUAUUGAAGAUGUGAACGAAGAUGAUCUCAGGCUUUUCUUGCGUGUCUUGCAUAGGUCGGGCGUCACUUCGAGAGCCGACACUGUUUUCCUCUUCGGGCCUUCUUCCUCAUCUUCGAAAUUUGGCUUUGUUAUUGAGGAAGAGAACGAGUCCUUCUUCAAACUCGUUCGACACUACGACUCGAGUGGCGGUAAGGGUUUACGUGACUCGGUCUUGAGUUUUGACUCGACCCAGUUUUGGAAAUCUGGGAAGAAAGAUGUGAAGGAGACUAUUUGGGGAAAGAAAGGCCGGGGAAGUUAUAGUAAUUCAACUGAAGUUGAAGGUGGUGAGUCAACUCGGUUGAUAUAUGGCUCGGUUGUGGGGUUUGAUGUGAAUGAGUUGGAUCCUGAGAACUCGUUGGCUGGGUUCCUAGAUCACGUUCCGAUGAGUUUGAGAAGAUGGGCUUGUUAUCCGAUGCUAUUAGGGAGGCUUCGUCGAAAUUUCAAGCACGUAAUGUUAUUGGAUGUUAAAAGUUUAAUGGUACUGAGUGAUCCGCUUGGCCGUGUCAGGAAUCGGAGCCCCGAGUCGGUUUAUAUAUUAACGAAGGAAAGCAGCUCCGGUAAGCAUAGCAAGCGGAACUCGGAGAAAACUCAGUCUCAUCACCUGGUUAACUCGGGGAUUUUGAUGGGUGGAGCUAGGGGAAUUCGAAGAUUAAGCAAUGCGAUGUUGACCGAGAUUGUGAGGGCUACAAUGCAGCAUAAGAAGAAGAGUUACAUCUCUGAGUCGGGAAUUUUGAGUGAACUCGUCGGCAACGGGCACAUACUGAAGAAUAUAAAUUUGAUUACAUCGAGUGAGUCAAUUCAGGAAGCCAGUUCAGCCAUGGGAUUGAGUCCCAACUCAGCUUCAGAUGAUUCAAUUAUCCACCGGGGUAAUAGUAAUUCCGUUAUUAUGAAGCUAAUAUGUUUAAUUGAAGUAGAAUCCUCUGUUUAUAGGGAUUGCUAGCAAAAUAAAAGAAUCUUUGGCAUUUCAGAAAAUAA